GUGAUCUUAGCAGUUGUAUUUCCCGAUCUGAGUUUGAGCUUCAGAAAUGCUUGCGAAAAUGUAGCUUAUGUGGAAGCUACCGCGCUACUUGGUAAAAAUAGAGCUUCGCCACUGAAAAGCUAUUUGAUUCAGAAAGUAGCGAAGCUACGACCAAGCUACUGAGAAAUGUAGUUAAACUAGAAGCUUCGCUGCUUGUAGCGACGCUACUUGCCCAACACUGAUAAGAAGCUAUUUAGUGCAAAUAGUGGCAGAUAUCUGUACCUCAAUAUUGUAAACAUUGUAUUGUACAUUAUAAAAUAGUAUGCAGUACUAAUAGCCUCUGCCGACAAGGCGGGUGUAAAUAGACACUCUUUAAUGUUACUUUAAUGCACUCAACACAUUUUGUUUCAGGGCUCGGUUUUUUCAUUGGGCUUUGUUUAUUGUUCAGAAGUCAACAGAACUGAUUUGCAUUUGUACACUUUAUGUAUUUGAUGUCUUUAAUGCAAAGUGAAGUACAUGGCAUUCAAAGUAUAGCCUACAUUUUAGCAAUUCAUUUUCAUUUUUAGCUGAGAAUAGUGCCUACCACUUGAGGCUUUUUCUUUUUCCGGAAUAUUGAACUUUAUAUUUCGAAAUUAAGCAAUUAUUUGGCAUUUCCCCUGAUCUCUGUUAUAGAGAAGUGAGCAUUUCCUACUUUGAACCAGAGUCUGGUAGUCACAUGCUUGUGAUAUCACUACAUUCUACAUUUAAAGGAGGAGUUUAUGAAUGAGCCCAAAGUUUACUUUCUGUUUCGGGAUUUUGCCUUUUUUUUAUUAUGCUGUGAGUUUUCUCUCACUGGGUAUGAUGGAGGAGAGCUUCCCUUUUCAUUACUCUUUAUUGGAGUAUCUGUUUACUUUGGUAGGACUGUUAUUGUUCCUGCUGGAUAUAGCGCUGGACAUUUGGACUGUUGUGUCAUUCUAUCAGGAUGGGUCUUAUGUGUAUAUGGGAGUGAUGAUAUUUCUGCUGCUGGGCUCUUCAGUGUUGUUACAGGUGUUCAGCUGGCUCUGGUACUCUGAUUCACUGGAGAAGAUUGAAACUAAGGUGGAGAAAUUUACAGCCCAGCAUUCAUUGAUCAAACCAUUCCACUUCCUGCAGCUCGGAGUCUACCUCAGGUAUGCUGGAGUGAUAGAGAUCUCCACAACACAUUUUCUUCAGCACACUAAUAGUUUCACAGAGGGUAUAGCUGUGUACCUGAGCCACGAUCUUCAGAUGCUUCGUCUUUUUGAGACAUUCUCUGAAAGUGCCCCACAACUCACACUCAUGAUGUCUUUAAUCCUACAGAGAGGAGAGCUGGAGCUUAUGACAGGUUUAAAAAUCCUCACAUCAGCUGCUGCAAUUUCCAGUAGCGUUGCUAUGUACCACCGCAACAUGCGUGCCUUUCUUCCUAAAAAACGCAAGAUGAGUUGGAUCUCCACGGGUGUCUACUUCCUGUGGAACUUGUUGCUGAUCAUUCCCCGUGUAACUGCUCUGGCACUCUUCUGCAGUGUAUUGCCAUGCUACAUCAUAGCUCACUUCCUGUCCCUGUGGAUGCUGCUGGUUUUAGCCGCCUGGAGCCAGAAAACAAAUUACAUGGAACAUUCUGGUUGGGAAUGGCUCUACAGAGCUUCUGUUGGACUCAUCUGGUACUUCUGCUGGUUUAAUAUAUCAACAGGAAGCAUACAAUUUAAGUCAAUUCUCUAUUAUAGCUUCAUGGCUUUGGACACAAUGAUGCUGCUGGGCUUCUGGUGCUGGAGGGUGUUUGAGUAUGCAGGCUGCUGGAGAUCCUUAAACCCGUAUAUGGUGAUUCCGACACUACUGGGUUUGUACGCCAUUGGAAUACUAGUGAAAAUUAUGUACUACAGAUAUUUUCAUCCCAACUGUGAUGAAAAGAAAAUCACUGAGCCCACUGAAGAAAGGCAAUUCAGUCAAGUGGCAUUAUGUUAUGACGUGACGGAUUCGGGAAGGAAUUCAAGUCACACUAGAGCUGCAGCUCCUACUCAAACUUUAGCUGGAGUUCCUAAUAGACAUAGGAAAAUGGCUGCUAACUUCUACUCUUAGUUCUUGGUUCUACUUUUUAAAAGAAAAAAAGUAGAACCCCCCACACACACACACACACAAACAAUUUCAUCUUCAUUUAUUACAAUUCAUUAUUUAUUUAUAAAAAUGUAUGUAUAAUGUAUUUUUCUACACAGAAUACCUUAUUUUUGUACAGAAAUGUUUUGAUAAAAUACUGUAGAAUUUUAAAUGAUCUUUUUUGAAAAAUAAAUAAUUUUCUCAUCUC